CAAAUGGAUAAUAUUAUGUAAGCAGCUCUGAUUCGUUUCGAUAUGGCAGCAAAUGAUGGCAAAGUUAAUGCUGAAUAGGUGAUAAGCAUACUUUAAAGUUUAAAUUAUAAUCCUGGUGAUAUUACAAAAAUUGUUUCUCAGAUUACCUCCGAUAUUGGUAUUUUAAAUAAUAAUUUAAGAUGUACAUCAAUUUAAGGAGUUAUUAACUUAAAAAGAAGAGCCAAAGUAAGAAAAGUUAAGCACUUCCUAAAUUAGAUAAAUAGAAGAGGAAUUCAGAUAAGCUGUAAAGUAUGGAAAUGUUGAUAAGGUUCUUUAGUAUUUGAGUAAAUAUCUAAGAGUAUUUCUUGAUUAGAUAAAUAUCAAAGUUAAAUAGAUCUAGCCAACAAAAUGGAACUUUAAAAUAGAUAAAUUCCUACUUAUGAUGCAGUUUAAGCCCCAACUGAGUCUUAAGCUUAUUUAAUACUUAAAACAUUAUAUGAACAUGGAUCUGAUAUUCAUUAUAGAGAUGCCAUGCAACAAUCUAUUAUGUUUUAUAUAUGUAGAGAUGGAAGAUGUUAAUUAUUUGAUUUCUUAGUCUCUAAAGGAUUGAGUGUUAAUGAAUAAGAUUGGAAUGGUCAAACACCUAUUUUCUAUGCAGCAAGAGAAAAUAAAGUUGAUAUUUUAUCAAGAUUGAUAUAACAUGGAGCUAAUGUUAAUCAUAGAGAUAAAAUAGUAGAUUAAACUGCAUUAUUUUAUUCUGCCAAAGAAGGAUAAUUGUAAGCAUGUUAACUUUUAAUUGAUGUAACAAUUCUAUUAUUAAUCAAACUUAGGCUGGUUGUAAAAUUAGUCAUUAAGAUGCUACAAAAAAAACAGCCAUUGCCUAUGCUAAAAAAUUUAAUAGAAAAGAUGUUUAUGAUCUACUUAUAUUGGGAGCUUAAAAAUAAAAGGAUGAAGCUAAUUUAAAACGAGAUGAUGGUCUUUCUAAAGUAGAUUCUAAAAUUAAUAGAAAAAAAAAUAAAGAAUUUCCUAAAUUCUAAUACAAAUUAAUGCAUAUUGAUGAUAAAGGUGUCUCAAAAGAAGUAACUAAUGAAGAUUUUGAAAAAUUCACUUAAGAAUUCCCUGAAAUAGCUAAAUUAAUUACAAAUCCAGAUGAUACUAUAGAUGAAACAAUGAUUUCAUCUAUCAAAGAAGAUCAAAUGUGGGAUAAAAUUGCAAAAAAAAUACUUAAUUAACUUUGGAAAUUAAAAUAAAGUGUUUAUUUUCAUGAACCAGUAGAUGUUAAUAGAUACUAAAUUUUAGAUUAUUAUUAUAUUGUAAAAAAUCCGAUGGACUUUGGAACAAUUAAAGUAUUUAAAAUAUCAAUUAAUAGCAAAAACUAUCAAAUAAUAGUUAUAAAUGUUUUAAAGAAUUUCAUAUUGAUAUGCUUUUAGUAUUUGAUAAUUGUGUACUCUAUAAUGGAAUCCAUUCUGAAGUUGGAUAAGCAGGAGUUAAAGUUAAAUAAGAAUAUCUUUUAAUGUUAGAGUAAAAUGGAAUCAAUAAAAAUAUAUGA